AUGGACUCACCAACUAGAAGCGUAUCGCCAGCGCCAAAGAACAAGAAGGAAAAGGCAGAUGAUAAGGAUGAUAGCGAAGAAGAGGACAUUCAUCAGCAGCUCAGUCGACUUCUUAGAAGAGAGGGACAUUUGUUUGCGAAACCCUCAAUGUUGGCGCUACCUCGGAGACCUCGACCUGCCCCGUCAAACACUCGAAUAAGUAAUCCUCUAAAGUCCCCGAAAGGAAGAAUACCUCCGCCACCUCCUAUCAUGGCCGUUCCCAGGACUCCCCGUCCUGCAAUACAGGCGAUGCCACCACCACCGCCUCCCCCUCCUCCCAUUGAUCGUUCUUCUACGCUCCCGAGUGAAUGGAUCAACCCUAACGAUCCUCCUCCGCCCCCUCCCCCGGGUUAUCCACAGACAAUUCAGCCGUCUCCACGGUCACCUUUGCCACCUGCUGUCAAGCCCGCUCAGACACAUUACACCAUUUCUGAGGACGCUAUAGGAGCUAGCAACAGAGAUAAACUUGCAGCGAUAGAUAAUGGACCUAUCAUGCCAAAUGGUGCCAAUGCUGGCAUCAAUAUCAAUAACUUCGGCCACAACUUGGCACCCCCCCCCUCCCCCGCCAGCCUCCUGGAGAGCCUCUGGCCCAACUAG